AGUUGGCCAAUCAGAGCGCGAUACAAAAUGUUGCCGCCUUGAGUCCACCAGAAUGUGUAGGAAGCAUGCGUGAAGAGUAGAAAUGUGUGCUCUGUUACCUUCAGUAGACAAAGAUUAAUUUGCGCAGAGUAUUGUAAGGUUUCAUAUCUAUUUGUGUCGGAAAAUAGCAUUAUAUAAAAAAAAUGCCCUGUGAAAUGAUAACUCUCCAGCUCGGCCAGUGUGGCAACCAAAUUGGUUUUGAAUUUUGGAAAAGGCUGUGUGCAGAACAUGGAAUUAGCCCAGAAGGGAUUUUAGAAGAAUAUGCUACAGAAGGAACAGACCGUAAAGAUGUUUUUUUCUACCAGGCCGAUGAUGAGCACUACAUUCCUCGAGCUGUAUUGCUGGAUUUGGAGCCACGAGUAAUUCACACAAUAAUGAAUUCCCCAUAUGCUAAGUUAUACAACCCAGAGAACAUAUACCUGUCAAAACAUGGAGGAGGUGCUGGUAACAACUGGGCAUCUGGCUACAGUCAGGGUGAGCGACUGCAGGAGGAAAUAUUUGAUAUCAUAGAUCGUGAGGCAGAUGGCAGUGACAGUCUUGAGGGGUUUGUGCUGUGCCACUCAAUUGCGGGUGGUACUGGUUCAGGCUUGGGCUCCUACAUUCUAGAGACGCUGACAGAUCGCUUCCCAAAGAAGCUUAUCGAGACAUACAGCGUGUUCCCAAACCAAGACGAGAUCAGUGACGUGGUGGUACAGCCAUACAACUCUCUGCUUACCCUGAAGCGACUGACGCAGAGCGCAGACUGUGUUGUUGUUCUGGACAAUACAGCACUCAACAGGAUAGCGACUGACAGGCUCCAUAUUCAGAACCCUUCGCUCACUCAGAUCAACACUCUCGUGUCCACCAUCAUGUCUGUCAGCACAACCACUCUGAGGUACCCCUCAUACAUGAAUAACGAUCUGAUUGGUCUCAUAGCGCCCCUGAUUCCCACACCUCGCCUGCACUUCCUGAUGACAGGCUACACCCCUCUUACGACUGAUCAGGAGGCUGCAUCAGUGCGCAAGACAACGGUGCUGGAUGUGAUGAGGCGCCUUCUUCAGCCCAAGAACAUGAUGGUUUCAACGGCUCAUGAUCGCAAUGCUGCCCACUGCUAUAUCUCAAUUCUCAACAUCAUUCAGGGUGAGGUUGAUCCGACACAAGUUCACAAGUCUUUGCAGCGAAUUCGUGAACGCAAGCUGGCUCAGUUCAUCCCUUGGGGACCGGCAAGUAUCCAGGUUGCCCUGUCACGGAAAUCACCGUACAUUCAGAGUGCACAUCGUGUGUCUGGCCUCAUGCUGGCCAAUCAUACCAACAUCUCAUCGCUGUUUGAUCGCGCCUUGCAACAGUAUGACAAACUACGGAAACGAGAGGCAUUUCUGGACCAGUUCCGUAAGGAAAACAUGUUCAAUGAUAAUCUGGAUGAGCUGGACCAUUCCCGGGAAGUUGUGCAGGAGCUGGUGGACGAGUAUCAUGCAGCCACACGUCCAGACUACCUGUCGUGGGGAACAGACCAGGCGAGUGUCGACGCAUGAGGCUGUCUUCAGGGCGCCAUCUUACAAGUUACGUAGUACCUAGAACUGCUUUCCAAUGUGACGCCACUUUGUGCAUCGUGCAAAUUCUCAUAUCUAAAGUAUAGAAGAUAUAAGUUGUACGCUGAGUGUCAUUGUAUGUUAUAGUGUUUUGUUAAUUAAAUUACAUUUCUUUUCAUAUUUCA